CAGGUGCAUUGUGGGAAACGUGUUACUGUUCCCAGCUGAUCCGCGGAAAUGUAGUUUCAGUGAAAGCAGCUGGGUUUAGAAAAUUGUGAAGGAAGCUCUGUGUAACUACUGUCAGGAAUCAGGGUUGGCAGGCCCUCUUCGCAGCGGUUCCCGGCUGUAAGUAGGCGCCGGCCGUGCUGGUCCUCCAGAGUGCGGGCAAGUACGCAUAGACGUCUCUAUGGUCAAGUAAACGUAGAGCGGCUCCUCUCGGCAACAACUGGUGCGGUGCGCAUGUGCAGUAGCUGCCGCUGAAGAAAGAUGGCGGAAGAAGAGCAAAGAAAAAGGAUUCCAUUGGUUCCAGAAAAUCUCCUGAAAAAGAGGAAGGCUUAUCAAGCCCUCAAAGCCACACAGGCAAAGCAGGAGCUUUUGGCCAAGAGGGAGAGGAAAAGAAAAGAAUUCAGGUUUAAGCGACUGGAGUCCUUCGUGCACGAUUCCUGGCGGCAGCGACGGGAUGCAGUCCGGCUCCGACGACUGAAAGUGAAACCUCGUGCCUUGGAAAUGCCAGACAAGCAUUCCUUGGCCUUUGUUGUACGGCUCCAAAGGAUUAACGGGGUGAGUUCACUGGUGGAGAGGACCAUUGCAAGACUUCGCCUGAAGAAACUGUUCAGUGGCGUCUUUGUCCAGGUCACCCCCCAAAACCUAAAACUGCUGCGGAUAGUGGAACCUUACGUGACCUGGGGAUUUCCAAAUCUGAAGUCUGUCCGGGAACUCAUCCUGAAACGUGGGCAAGCAAGGGUCAACGAUAAGAGCAUCCCUCUGACAGACAACACCGUGAUUGAGGAGCACCUGGGGAGAUUUGGUGUCAUCUGCUUGGAAGACCUCAUUCAUGAAAUUGCCUUCCCGGGGAAGUAUUUCCAGAAUAUUGCGAGGUUCCUGCGCCCUUUCCAGCUGUCAGUGGCCCGUCAUGCUAGCAAGAACAGAGUGGGCUUCCUCAAGGAGAUGGGCUCACCUGGCUAUCGGGGUGAACGCAUCAAUCAGCUCAUCCGCCAGCUGAACUAGACCCAGGAUAUCUGGAAAGAUUUUUUUUGGAAUUAUUAUCAAGUAUCUUCAGAGAAGAUUUUCUUCCUUAUCCCCGGAAAUUGGAAAGGACAGAUCAAGGGAAAGAUAGUUGUGAUCAUGGCAGGCACCUCAUCCCUACCCCGUUCCAAGGAGAGGUUCCACUGUCUUCCAUCUUGGGUGCUGCCUCCUCUGGACUCAGCACCGACCAUUGAAGAAGGAGUCUUCCUUUGUCACAGCUUCUGUCCUGGCAUUUGAUUUUGGUGAAUGACUGGCCGGAGCAUCUGUCAAGAUUUCCCAGGACUUGGGGGCUGCCAGGGCCUUGUUUUGAAGAGACUUGAAAUACAGUUAGGAAGCAGAGCACCAAAACAGUGCUGUGUCUGCUGUGGAUCCAUGUUCCAGCUGCUCAGUGACGACUGCAGGCACUCUCACUUGGCUGGCUUCUCAAUGUGUCUGAUGGCUUUUCUGUUCUAGCUUGGAGCUGCCGUACUCCUUUUCUUAGCUCAGAAUUUUUCAAAGGAAGGAUCCCUUCACCGGGCAAACACAUACCCAAAAUUUUACUUGGAAUUUCAGGGAGCUCAUAGAACCCCUCUCAGGCAGCUGAGCCCCCGGGGCGAAGAAGUCCGGCUCUUAAGGAGGGUUGGUCUCCCAGGCCUUCAUCUUGCUAAUCUCUGGUUCCGUAUCCUACAGAAUACCAGAGUUGACCAAGGUGGCUUUUCCCCAUCAAGCCAGUUGGGUGUUUUCCGCUAGCACACUGGCAGCUCUUGUGGCUUCUUGUGCCAUCUGUAAGUCUGGAAAUGCCCACCCUUUCCCCCUCUGGCUUGGGGGUUGAAUUUCCUGGUUUCCCUGAUGAUUAAGCAUCAGAUCAGGAAGUGGCGAACCAUUUUCUCAGUUUGGUUUGAGUGAAAUUAGCACUGGCUUUUUAAGGCCCCAAAUAAACAGCUUAGUUGGACCUUUUCCUUUCAUAUUCUAGACCCCAGAAGUCUUGCUCUUUAUCCUGUUGAUGACAUAAUAGGCCAGCAACAAGAGUUAUGGGGAAAUUAAUCCUGGGGAGGGAGGGGUCAGUCAGUCAGUACAUCUUUGUCUUUCAUCAGCGGUCCAGCCCUAAAUUGCCUCAGCUUGUGAUCUAAGCAGUUGGUGAGGAUGUGCCAGGCCUAAGUUAAACAGGAAAACCUGCUUUAGGGCUGUGUUCCUGGGUCCCUUCAAAUCAACUUUGCUUUAAUUUUGGCUCAUGGAGCCCUUAAACAUAGCUGUGAAAUGAGUUAGCAGUAAAACAAUGCAUUAAAACAUGCCAGGUUGUGAGGUAAUUAAUUAGGAUGGUUGGCUCCAGAGUUCACCUGGCAGAAGAUGUCACUCUUAUACUGUAAAACAUUGUGAAAUCGGAUUACUUUAAAAUGAUGUAUUACCAAGUCAUGGAAAAACAGUCGUGAGUCUGAAAACACAGGCCUUGUACCUCAGACCUGUCAUACUAAAUACGAGGACAGGCUGGGGUUGUGGCACAGUGGGUUAAGGUGGCUGCUUGCAAUGUGGACAUCCCAUGUAAGGGCACCAGUCGGAUCCAGCCUGCUCCACUUCUGAUCUGGCUCCCUGCCACCCCUGAGAGAGACCUGGAUGGAGAGUGCUGGGCUGCUGGCUUUCGCCUGGCCCAGCCCAGCUGUUGCAGCCAUUUAGGAAACAAACCAAUGGGUGGAAGACCUCUCUCUCUCCCCCUCUGAAAAAUA